UUUAUUGGGCCACUUGCUUGAAACUUUGCUAGUUGGAGCAGACAGUUUGGUCUGCAGGGACACGGCAUCUCUCACCGCUUUGCAUCCUGUUAUUUUUUUUAAAAAUCGUGUUCAAACUGAAGCAACUACUGGUUUUAUAGACUUCUUUGGGGUGUACUUUGCUAUGGCAACACACUUUCUGUAAGGAUGCUGAGCUGAGUAUGGGAACAGCUGAAAGCACAAAGAGAAAACAAAAGUCAGCUAAUCCGAGCACUGCACAGAAGGAACCAAACUCCUUCACAAGCAUGGCAGACCCAAAAGACAACAUAGAAGACUUUAAAGUCCAGACAGCCAAGCAUCCUCCUAACGUGGGCUCAGUCUCUUUACGGCCGCACAGCGAACAGUCUAAAGACCGCCUGUCCAAGAGACUUUCCACUGAGUCGAAUGGGACCAGUGAUGGAGGCAUGGGCUCGUCCACUCCAGUGGAGCUGACCGCUCUGGAGGAGUCGUUUCGCCGCUUCGCCAUCCACGGAGACACUCGUGCUACCGGCAAGGAAAUGCACGGCAAGAACUGGUCCAAGCUCUGCAAGGACUGCGGAGUGAUCGACGGCAAGAGCAUCACCCUCACUGACGUAGACAUCGUCUUCAGCAAAGUCAAGAAGAAAUCCAGUCGCACCAUCACAUACGACGAGUUCAAGAAUGCACUUGGAGAACUGGCCAGGAAGAAAUAUAAAGAAAAAACUGGAGAUGAGGCUGAGGCCGAGGUCUUCAAACUGAUUGAGGGGAAGGGGCCGGUCAUCGCAGGAGUCACAAGAGCUGUGGCUUCUCCGACAGUGAGCCGCCUCACGGACCCCACAAAGUUUACAGGGUCACAUAAGGAGCGUUUUGACGACAGCGGACGCGGAAAGGGUAAGGCGGGACGAGUGGACGUGGUCGACACUUCAGGAUACGUCUCGGGAUACAAACACAAAGGGUCGUACGAAAAGAAAAUAAAUAAACCCACAGUGGGCAAACCCAUGUGAGGGUGAGGAUAGGAAAAAAACAUUUGAUCAACUAGGAUAAUUUUCUAUUAAAAGAGUACUCAAAGAAAGCACAAAAUAAUCGAAUUUCAUAUAUUUUCCCACCCAUCUAUUUUGUGCGUAUGUGUGUAUGAGAGAGAGAUGUUUUUGAGUUCCUCUCUUUGAGAAGUGUGAGAACUGGAAAACUGUUUACAUCUAUUUUUACAAAGUCAUCACCAGCUGGUACAUUCCUGUCUGAUUGCAAGUUACUGCCAAACACUGAAGACAACAAACGAGCAAACUGCUAUGCUAUGAAUAUAUUGAAGCUUUGUUGUUAUGAUAGGGCCUUAUAAUAUUUAUUGAGCACAAUGAACAACAUGCCAAGAAAAACAAAAGUGGGACAACAGUUUGAUGAAUUAAUAACAUUGCACUUUUUAAUGAAAAAUUUUCUAAUCCCGUAUUUAGCCGAAGAAAUGCAUUUUUAAUUUGUUUUUCAGAGUUUCAAUGAGAAUUGGCACAUUUCUGACAGAUAUUAGCAAUGUUGAUUUCUUUUGAGAACUUUAAUUGUUUCAUAUUCAGUGUUAUCUGUCUGCCAUCCCCACUUGUCAACUGUUAAGUCUUUAAAAAAAAAAAAAUCUGCUGUUCAUUUUUUAUUUUAUAAGCUUACACUGUUAUUUGAAUAAUUUGCCUUCAGCUCAAACCAAGAAAAUAAUAAUGUUUUGUCAAUAUUUUAAUUAUUUUGCAAAUAUAAAUAGUGUAGUUAACUGUUAGACCGGUCAUAUCUUCUUACUUUUGUGAAUAUGUAAAACAUAAAAAAAACAAACCAUGCAAACCUUUUAAAUAUGCCUGCUAAUAACAUUUCAACAAAGAAAAAAAAUACAAUAGGACCCAUUUUCUCUUAUACAUGACAUGCAUUUUUAAUUUUAAAUUGGUUAAAUUCAGCUGAAGGAUGCUCUAACCACAGUAGAUGAGCUCAGUUGUACAAGAUUGUAUUUUUAACAUUUUACUUAUAUUUCCUUGUCAGAUUUCUAUACUGUAGUUCUAAUAUAUUUGUGGUAAGAUUGUGUAUAUUCUAAAACAUUAUAGCCACAUGGCUUAAUUUAUGACACUGGCUUCAUAUCUUGUUGUUUUUCUGUAUUGCUGUACUUUGUGCAUGUUUAUGUAUAUUGCAUUUGAUUCAGAAGCAUAUAGAUGACAGUAGGAAUUUGUCAUAUCUUAUCUGAACUGCUGUGAGGACAGACUACUGGACAGACUUCAAUAUUUUCUUGAUAAAAAAAAAACAAGUAAUGAAAUUGUGGGAUCAUGAUCAAAUCUUGUAUUGCUUGAAAUCAAUAUGUAUCAACUUGUACAUACAAAGUCAGCUACGCUUCCAUUCUAUUAUAUUUGUUGUUAGUAAAGAUUUAAAGUACCUUUAAUGUGCAGUACGGUCAUCAAAAGCACAAAUUCAACUGAACAAAAGCAGGGCUUUACUACUGUAUCCUCACAUACGGUAGGAGAUAAAAGGGAAAAUUGCAAACAAGUCCUCUACUUUUGUAAAAUAUUUUUCCAACAUAGUGACAGUGUUUGUGUCACGCACUACCUGUAGCCUCAGCUGAUGAAGAAUCAUGCAUCAAGUCCAAAACUAGCAGCUAUCAGUGUGUUAGUUUUUGUCUGCUGCAGUAGCUCGAUCUGUUUUUUUGUGCUUAAUGCCAAAUACUGUGCACCUUUAAUGUGGAGAAACAAUAUUGUCUUAUUUUUUAUUCAAAUAACUUUUAAUGAUGUACUAUUGUGCCCCAGUGCAUGCAUUGUGUUUUUGUUCUUGUUCUUUAGACCUCUUAAUGUGUGUUCAUGAUUUGUGGUGCAUUACUGAAAAUAAAAAAACACCUGAGAACCUG